AUGGGGGGAGUUUUCCAAACUUUAGUCGGAUCCAAAGCAUCUAAUCUUGUAAAGGAGUUCACAGAAUCUGAGGUGUGGUGUGCCUUGAAGAAUUAUGAUGGAAAUAAGGUACCGGGGCCAGAUGGGUUUAAUCUUUUUACUAUCAAGAAGUGUUGGAAAUUUAUGAAAAGGGGAUAUCAUGCUAUUUUUUCAAGAGUUCUUUGCCAAUGGCCAAUCAGCCUUCUUGGUUCUAUAUAUAAGAUUCUUGCUAAGGUACUAUCAGGUAGAUUGAAGUUAGCUCUUUCAUCCAUUAUUAAUCCAUCCCAGUCAGCUUUCUUGGGGGGAAGAUUCAUUCUUGAUAGGGUGUUGGUAGCUAAUGAGGUGUUGGAUUGGCUCUCAGUACUAGUCAAUGGUAGUCCUACAACUGAGUUUAAUGUCGAAAGGGGUUUAAGACAAGGGGAUCUUCUUUCUCCCUUCUUGUUUGAUAUGAUUUUCGCGAACGAUACUAUCUUAUUCUGUGAGGCCAACUGGGAUGAACUUCUGUGUAUCAAAAGGUUACUAAGAAGCUUCGAAGUUGUUUCUGGGCUCAAGAUCAAUUAUAGCAAAAGCAUGGUUAUUGGGUUUGGUGUGGAAGAGGAUCUUAUGGAACAGUUUGCUGAUAAGCAUAUGUUCCAUGGGUGUACUACUUAUUACCUUUUUGAGAUUACCUCUUGGGGCUAG